AUGCCUUCAAGAGAAGCAAAAGUUUACCUUGAAGCAAAGUUGAAGAAAAAGCAACAAGAAAAUAAAGAAAAAACAUGUUUUGAUUGCGGACGGGAAGGACAUGCCCAUAAGGGCUCAUACUUGUGUCCAGAAUAUAAUGCCAAGAAGCGAAAGUCCGGAAAAGACGACUACGAAACAAAGCAAGCUAAAGAUAAAGGCAAAAAGAGAAGGCUAGAAGCAAAAAAAAAAAAAGCAUCGCCAUCGAAUACUGUCAUAUGCAAGCACUGUGGUCUAAGUGGUCACUCAAAAGCUUCCUUUGCUUGCCAACAACAUAUUACUACUAAAGCGGAGCUCCUUCGAACAAACUAUUCAGAUAAGUAUGAGCUUUACGCUCAGAAGCUGCCCCUUGUAACCUACGUGGACGGUGUUUUUGAUGCUGAGCGCAGUAUCUUACGGAAAGAGCAUGAAGGAUUCCAGCAAAAAGUGAUUGAGCUGUGCAGAUUUAUACGGGACGUCACAACCAGAGCACAGCUUUUCAUGAAUCACUACAUUAUUAAGAACCGUAAUUUAACUGUUCAGGAAUACAUUUAUGAACAAAACUUUUGGUACUGCAUCUGUUAUAGUGAUGCUAUGGCGGCUGCAUGGGAGAGUAUAGCAACCACUUACAUGAACCACAUGGUGGAAAACUUCACUAAACGUAUCAGAUAUUACUUGUAUUGGGCAUUGAAGCCUACUUUCCAGGAAACAAAGAACAAUAUGAUUUACGGACUCAUUGAUUCAUAUUGCCUUCUUAAAAUUUUGAAUGAUAUGGAUACUUGUAAAUGGUUGGAAGAUGUUGAUAUAACAAACAGCACCAUCAACAUUUCUACCACCUUUGGCGUUCAUGCUGCAGUUGAUCGAAACGAAAGCCCUUACCGCUGGUCCGAAUGA